AUGUCGCCCGGUCAAAACGUAAACGACAACCCUUCAAACCAGCAGCAACCCACAACAAAUCUCAUGAAUUCAUACAUUGUGCACGUGGGAGAACAAACAUUUCGCUUGUAUCCUCCUUCCAUAACUUUUGAUUCUCCAAACUUCUUCACCCAAACCUUCUUUGGCGAAGAAGAGACUUCGGGUGAGAAUGAAACAAAUAACACCCCUUACUCUGCUGAAGGCAACUCAGCCUCGGGGUCGACUUCGGAAAGUAACGGAAAGGACGGUGAUCUUUCCGUUUCCGCGGAGUCCAACAACGAAUCCAAGGCUAUUGAUAAAAUCAAUAAGGCGAGGACGAGCACCGGUACACAAACUUCAGUUAAAGAGAUAACCAUUGACAGGGAUCCCAGGUUGUUUGAGGUUAUUUUGAGAUAUCUUCGGGGUUAUACCAUAUUUCCGUUAUCUUCGGUAAAUUUGCCACCAGGAAUGUCUCUUGACCUGUUUCGAGAAAGUUUACUGGAAGAUGCACGAUUUUAUGGAUUGGAUCGGUUGGAACAACUGCUUCAAGCUGAAACACCUUCGCCACUGCGUUACAAAGAUCCAUUUACAUCAGCGGAUAAGAUCCUUUUAUCACUUCGUGAUGUACUUAUUCACAAGGAUUUUAUUAAAUCCAAACUCGAUGGAUCUUCCACCAUUGAAUUCUUUACGGGAGCAGUUCUUACCAUUGAAGUCGAACCUUCUGAUGAGUCCAUAAGUUUCCACACAAAGUUUCUCAAUGCACAAGAUCAAAAGGCAAUAGAAGUUUUAGGUGAGAUCUGUGGUGACAAAUCUCACAUUCAGCUCUCGAGGAAACUGUAUUCAAAUAUGCAUGAUACAUUGAAUGGAAUACGUUUAGAAAUUGAUGGAGUGCAAGUUACUGGUAUGGACAUUGCUUCCCUUGUAGGACCUUAUAAUCAGAAGGUAAAGACUUUAGAGGACAUGCUUCGAUCGUCUGGAGGUGAGCGUUUGAUCAUAUACGCUCAGGAGUUUGUUUUUAGAUUGGAUCGACCUAAAUAUACAGUGGAUUCCGCGGAUCUUGUCGCUGAAAGUGAAACUACCGGUAACAAAGAGAAUACCAAUGGAGUUGCUUAUACUAAUAUGAAUGGAUCAUUAGAUCCAGCCGAUGUUGUCGAUAGCAAUGCAAUCAAUAAAGCUGAUUCAGAAAGUCAAAGCCGUGGCGAGGAGGUUAACGGAAGUAACAGUGUGGAUAAUGUAAAAAGCAACGAAAAUAAUGUUAACGAGGAAAGUUCUGUUUAUCUUGGGGUUGUUUGGGCUAAAGGGUGGACGCAAGAAUGGUGGGCGUGGACCGAAUAUCGGAUGAAGUUGGAUGCCCUCCAAUGA